GUUUAUCUUUAUAUUAGUACUUAUACACUAUACCUACGUUUCUCGUUAGUUGCCAGUCGGUUUCCGUAUUUUAUAUAGUAAGUACCUACCUACUUAGUGUAAUUCUUCAGUAACAGUAUUUUUCGAUACAAGAGCCAGUGCUGUACUCCUGAACUAUAGUGUAUCAACUAUCAAAUUUUGCUGUAGCAGUGACGUAGCGUGGGUUUCAGUUAAGUGUAUACAUUCAUUGAAAUAAUUUGUACCAGAUUCAAUAUUGCAAUUUAUUAUAACGUCAACUGAAGGAUCAAGACAAAUAUAGGAUUUUGUCAAUAACCAACGAAUAACGACGUAUACGUCGUAAUCUAUUUGAAUCAUUCACAAUGGCUGACGACACUACCGACCUUCCGCCCAAUGUACUCAAUAUACUCAAGACAGCGUCAGAAGAAAUACUGAAUACACAGGACGGAUACUGUUUUACGGUGGAUAACACACCCAAUGAAGACUUUAACGAUACGUUUUCUUAUAAUACAGAUGAGCUGGCUGAGUUUAUUAACUUUGAUAUGAUUGGAGAGGAAGGUGACAAUCUUGAGUCUUUUAACCACCUCAUUACCAAUACAAACUAUGAAGAUGUUACUGGCGAUCGCAAGGUGUUAAAAAUAUUACUGGAACAAGGAGUCGGUCGAGUUGUACCAGAAAACUAUGUAGUUUUUGUACAUUACAUUGCUUAUUUAUCAAACAUUCAAGAACCAUUUGAUGUAACCUAUGUUCAAGGAAGACGACCUAAACGUUUUACAUUGGGUAAUGGUGAACUCAUACCAGGAUUAGAAAUAGGUAUUAAAACAAUGACUAUGGGUGAACUCUCAAGGUUUAUAAUAAAGCCAGAAUUGGCUUACAGAGAAUUAGGAUGCCCACCUCGCAUACCACCAAACGCAACUAUUCUAUUUGAUAUCCAUCUUGUUUCCUAUUUAUCACCUGAAAAUGUCUUAACUUUUGAUAGGGAUAACCGUGAUCCUAACUUAUUUAAUAAAAAUCUUGUACAAGUUAAAAAAUUGCAUCUUGAAGCUAAUGAACAAUUUAAACUUAGAAAUAUAGAUAAAGCUAUAUUUAAAUAUAACCGGGCACUGGAACUACUGCAUAUGGCUGGAUGCAAAAAUGACAAUGAAGAAAUAGAAAUGAUGAAAUAUUUGAAUAAGCUUUAUACAAAUUUAAGUUUGUGCUAUUUAAAGCAAUGUGCUUUUCAUAAAGUUUGUCGUAUGGGUAUAGAGGCAAUGAAAUAUUCAGAAAGAUUUUCCAAGCACUCUGUAAAAUUAUUUUUCAACUGGGGAAAAGCAUUACGCUUACUUAAAGAUUUUACAGAAGCAAAUAAAAAGAUUCAAAUUGCAUUGAAACUUGAACCUCAAAAUGAAACAAUACAUAUUGAAAUUCAUAAAUUAAAAAAAGAUAAAGAAUUUCAUCGUAACAUAGAAAUAAUGACAUUUAAAGAUGACGAUAAUGUUAAUGACAAUGAAAGGUUGGCUCCUAAAUUUUGGGAAGUAUUUGAUACACAUUUAAUCGAGUUUUAUAAUAAUGAUGAAGAUGUAUUAACAGUUACAUUGAACAAAAACCCAGAUGAUAUUAAGGUAAUCAAAAAUAAGGCAAGUGCUUAUGAUCUCCAAGUUCACAUUAUUACAAAAGCUGGUGUUCCAACAAAUUGUAUUGCAAUUCAAAAAUAACUAAAUGUUAAGGUUAAAUUUAAUUUCUAGAUUUACAAUUGUUCAAGUUUCAUAUUAUUUAUAUUUAAAAUGUUGAAUUUGUACAAUAAUUAUUAAUUAAUUAAUUUUAUUAUAAAUAUGAAAUGACUAUCUAAUAUAUGAUCUAAACUUACUAAUAAUGGAAACUCAUACACCUUUGUUUUAGUUAUGUAUUGUGUUCUUGUGUAUACAAAGUUGUUAAACUGUUAUUAUUUAUGAAAUUUAUAUUGUCAAGCUCAACAAUAUGCUUAUUUAGGUGAAA